CUUACACGACCUCGAGACGACGUACCUUUACCGACCUCAGGCAACAUCCUACUGUAAUGUCCAGCUUGAAGAGGUCGUGCGAAGAUUCAGUGACGGUAGUAUCAGCUGUCACUACUCGCAACAAUGCUACCGACGGAGCUCUCGCGCUACGUCGCAGCCGGAUGCCUCAUCCUCGAAAAGACCGAGCUGGAAGACCAACUCGCUGGCAAUAUCUGGUCGCACGUGAAGCCGGGAGAGUGGCAUCACUUUCUUCCGCUCACUGCGCUAGAUAAAAAUGAAGGAUUUGAUGGCCAAAUUGGCUACGUAAGCCAAGAUGAGGUUGGCGAAUCCACGUCUCAGUCUCUUACGCCGGAAAUCCAGAGUCGCCUGUUCUCUUCUUCAGGGCCCCUCGGAUGGAUUUUCGGCCUUCUGCUCAACCGCUGGAUUCACAUGAACCUCGGAAUCAGUUCCAACACCCCCGACCUAGCCAUCGUCCGAGUCUAUCUCCUACCUGAUGAUGUUGACAACCGCAGCAUUCCGCGUUUCGCUGACGAUCUGCGAAGGGCGAGGACGACUCUUCUUCAACACCUGGAUUUAUCCAAGAAAACUUGGCAAGGUCAGGUCAGUGAAGCAGAGGAGGAACAGCAUGGAGAGAGCCGUUCCUUGCUGCAGAUGUUCAACAGCAUCCCAUCCCCGGAUCCCAGGCCAGGGGACAUCCUGGACUUCGAAGUCCGUGAUGCCGCCUUCAGAUUGAUGGACAGCGACGUUCCCGGGCUCAUCACUACACUAUACUCAUAUCAGCGCCGCUCAGCAGCCCUGAUGCUUCAAAGGGAGUCCCAGACCAUGCAGAUGGUCGAUCCGCGCCUAACGAUGGUCGCCGAUCAGCUAGGGUCGCAGUGGUACUACGAUGCAGUUAGCGGUACCAUCCUUCGGGAGCCGGUUCAUUACGAUGAGCCACGUGGCGGAAUUCUUGCUGAGGAGAUGGGUGCCGGAAAGACGCUGAUAUGUCUGGCACUCAUCCUAGCGAGUAGACACAUUCCGUCUGCGACUCCUGACCAUCUACGGAUGGACGAGCCCGUAGUGCGUCCCCGAAUUGGGAGCCUCGCUGAUAUGGCAGCGGCAUGCGUUACUCGCAAUUCAGUACCCUGGAGGUCGGUGUUGGGUGGCCUCGCGCCGGAGGAAAACGAGUAUCGUGGGUCUCUCGACGCCAUCCGACGGAACCCCGGAUUCUACCUUCUGCCGCCUCCAACCCGUCACCGACGAACGCGGCAGCCGGACAGCCUUGCGCAACCGAGACGGGUACUGUUGAGCCACACUUCACUUCUGAUCGUCCCCCCCAAUCUCGUGCAGCAAUGGAAGCAAGAAAUCAGCAAACACACGACUGGUCUGAGGGUUUUCAUCAUCGUCGACAAGAAACAGGAGCUGCUCCCUGCCCAAGAACUCACCGAGUACGAUAUCCUCUUAUUCACGUCAACGCGCUUUGAGAGGUUGAUCGAGUAUUUUGCCCCAAACCCGAAUGGCGUCCACGUACUUCCGGACUCCCCUUUGGCGAGGCUCGCCAUGAUCCACUUCAAGCGUUGUAUCGUUGAUGAGGGCCACAAACUCGGGAACUCCAGGUCUCGAAGAAGAAGCAACAUACACCUGAUAAUCGACUAUCUCCAAAUAUCUGCGAAGUGGGUAGUCACUGGCACACCCUCCAAGGGGCUGUUCGGUGUCGAUGACACCAAUCUUUCUCAACCAGAUAGUCAGCAGCAACUCGCUGGCAUGCGGCAAACAGAGACCUCGGCGGACCUAGAAAUGGAAGACUUGCAGCGUAUCGGCUCGAUUGCAAGGUUCUUUCUGCAGAUGCGGCCAUGGGCUAACAAGUCAACAGAGCCUGGCGAUACCCCGGCGGAUUGGAGUGUGUAUGUUAUGCAACCCCGGCACUCAGCUCGAAGCGCGGGGAGCGAAGAGUGUCUUAGAGCAACCCUCGGGUCGUUGAUCAUCCGGCAUCGUCUGUCCGAACUCAGCGAUCUCCUUCCAACGGUGGACGAGAAGGUCGUCUAUCUCGACGGAUCGUUCCAGGAUCGACUUGUUCUCAACCUCUUCUCCAUGAUGAUCAUCUUCAACGCGGUUCAAUCCCAACGGACGGACCAGGAUUACUUCUUCCACCCGCGGCAGAGGAAGGCCUUGGUUGAGUUAGUGUUAAAUUUGAGACAAGCGAGCUUUUUUGGAGGAUCCUUCUUCUCUGCCGCUGAGAUUCGCAGGGCUAUUGACACGGCGGAAGACUUUCUGCGAGAAGGCAAGGUUCCAAUCAGCUCCGAAGACGAGGCUCUGCUCAGGGAUGCGAUUGAAUUCGGCCACGUAGCAGUGGAAAACAGCCUCAAAAACUGCGCGAAUCGGUUUCGCGAAGUUCCCCUAUAUAUUCACAACUUUCCGUGGGGAGCGGGUCGGGAAUGGUCCCUGGAUCUAAAGGACGGAGAUCCGGUGUGUACCGAUUCACGUCUGAUCUCUGCGCUUCAGAAAUUCGUUCACCCCUUGGUUGAUGCUCCGACAUCGCUGCAGAUGAUGUUCGACAGCGGACGGUUUGCGGAGCGCGGGUCACAGGAACGACUAAAAGGGCUUGAGGAACAGGACCCGGACGGAGAGGGCACACAGAAGCCCCAGCAGAAGACGCUUGCUGGAAAUACUCAGCUAGGCCAGGAUAGCACCAGCCCGAACAAACGACGCUCUGCUAUUUUAGCCAGGGACUUAGCAGCACCCGGAGGCACUUUAGUGGCUGCCGAGGCAGAACAAACCACCAUUGCGGCAGCCCUAAGCGGAGCACAACUGGUCUCAACGGCGUCUGCAAAGCUCUCUUACCUGAUCGACCAGAUAGUGAAGUACCAGGACUCAGAGCAGAUCAUUAUUUUCUACGAGAACGACAAUGUGGCAUAUUAUCUUGCUGGCGUUCUUGAGAUACUUCAGAUCCAACAUCUCAUCUAUGCAAAGACCCUGACCCCUGAGCGGCGGGCACAAUACGUCGCUACAUUCAACCACAACCCGAAGUUUCGUGUCCUGCUUAUGGACGUCGGGCAGGCGGCGUUCGGUCUCGACAUGCAGUCCGCCUCGCGGAUCUAUUUUAUCAACCCUGUACUGAACCCCCAAGUCGUGGCCCAGGCGAUCGGUCGUGCACGGCGCAUCAGCCAGAAGAAGCCUGUCUCGGUCGAGACGCUGGUUCUCCGCGGCACCGUGGAGGAGGUCAUUGUGAAGAGGCGCGGCGAGAUGACGCAGGCGGAGCAGUGGAGGUGCCGCUCCAUACUUGACGACAAGCCGAUCUACGAAUGGAUCCUCAACGCCAAGAUACUCCCCCUUCCGGGCGGGAAGGAUAUCGCGCCGCCGGACCAGAUGGCGAAGCUGCAGUCACCGCAGUUCCUCUUCGGUCGAGGCUUCGGGCGGGAGCUCAGCCAUUCCGACCAGGAUCUCCUCACGGUAAAUGGGUCUCCGGUGGGCAAAAAGAAGUCUUAUGCGGUUAUCGCGGAGAAGAGCCUGAAGAGGGCAUCUCCAGAGGUAGGGUUUGCCACGUCGUCGGUUGGCACACCCUUGUCAAAUGAUGGUCCUGCUAGGAAGAGGAGACCGCAGGUGCGGUUUUUCGACGAGGAGAGUGAGGAGCAUGGGAGUUCGGCUUUUGACCAACAUGGUCGAGUCUAUCCCCGACCUUGAAUAAGCAAGGUUGAGCGGUCUUAUAGGUACCGCAUACCUUUUUGCAGGUCGGAGACAGCACGAAGCUUGCUGAAUAUUUCGAAAUCGUCAGAGGCAGACAAGUGGUUUACCUCGAGACUGGAAUAUGGUUAUUUGACUGGAAGAUUUGAGUGAAUUGGGUCGUUCGUGGGAAUAGGAGCAAGGUUUACAAUGUUCCGAAUCUGGCAGAGAAGCCUGCAUCGAAGUUGUUGUUCUGCGGGAGAAUCGGUUGUACUGUCUAUAUCUCCGUACAGUACGUAAAGUAUCCCGUCGCGCAAAGUGAGGAUUCUGGCAAGCGGCCUUGAAGAAAUCAUACAAAUUCUUUUCAU